AUGGCGAUGGCGCAACUCGCUUCGUCUACAUCGAAUACAAGUGCUUGCUCUUCCGGUCUCGUCUCUUCAAGCUCAAGUUCAAGCAUUAAGAAACCCGAGAUCCAAACGUUAUUGGGCCAAUUUGAUACACAGAUCAAUAAUAUGAUGGAUUAUCCAGCCAAGGAUACGAUCAAUACAUUGACAAUGCUUGCUGAGAACGUACAAUUUGCUCCUGAGAUUGUUAGCUUCCUGGAGACCAAGAUCCAUCGGGUUGCGCCAAAUUGUAAACUCCCUAUUUUCUAUUUGACGGACUCGAUUCUUAAAAAUAUACGCGGAUCGUAUGUGCCUUUAUUUGCUGCCAAGAUUGUACCGCUCUACUGCAAUUGCGUGCGUCAGGUAUCAGGCAAAGACCUUAAACGAUUCAUCCAUGUACUGAACACAUGGGAAACUACACGUAUGUUUAACAAAGAAGCAAUUACACUAAUGCGUAAUGCAGCAAAUCGCGCCAUGCAGCAAGCUGGUCCAUCAGCUCACUCGGCACCUGCAAGCAUCAACCAAGAAAAAGCGGCCCAGUCAACGCGCGCAGCAAAUGUUGCAUCCAGUGCAAAGUUGGCACAGCAGCAGCAGGAUAUGGAACUACGGUCGCUACUUACUAAGUUACAGAACGAUAUGGGGAUCCACCCGACGGAACAUAUGAGUCUUGAAGAAGUGCGGACGAAUAACCCAGAUUAUUACAAUCAGCUACUCGAAUUUCGUGCUGCUUCAAAGCUUGAACACCAAAGUGCAACACGAGGACCUGGUGCCUCUAGUGCACCUCCUCAAAAUGCUAGACAGCAACCUUCUUUACAUCAAGUUCCUACGGGUAGAGAUUCUCGCCAUUCUCCUUCUUACGAUCUGCGGGCCAAAACAAGCCGGCCGCGUGCACAACCAGCUCAGGUGGUGGCCACUCCGACACUAGUUUCUAGUGUCAAAUCUGCUAGACCAAGCACAGCCGCUAGUACAAGUGGAUCCAAAAAUGGUGUUGGAGCAGCAGCAAAGUCUUCAAAUGUUGCGCAUUUGAUGCAAUUACUCAAGCGCAAGCAGCGUGCUCCUUCUUCACCGCAGCAACCAGUUCAAGAGAUCACUAAUAAUCCUCGCGCACCUGAUGCGGCAGCUGUCAUGUCUAUUUUGCAGAAGCUGAAGGGAAUGUCGAACGGAGGCGCGUUGUCAGGACAGCCAACUACUCAAGCGCAAUCGCAGCAAAACAAGCAGUCUCAGUCACUUCAGCGGCAAGGAGAUAAGCAGCAGCAAGCUCAGCCACGUAACGAUAAUGCGUCUCGUAUGUGGUUCAGCGACAAAAUUGUUGCUCACAAGGACCGUGUCGAGUCUAACGUACAAAAGCUGUAUGCCGCAUUGCCACUUGUGUGUCGCGAGAGUGGAUUGAGAUUCCGCGAACAAGCCCAGUUGGAUGCGCAUUUGGACUUCCUGUUCCAAUAUAACCGUGCGCGUAAAGAGCGAGGCAAAGGUGGUGUUUCUCGAUCAUGGUACCCAGACGAAAACCAGUGGGUGGCCGAUAUUUCUGAUAGCACAGCACCCCGUGAGAGUACAAGUAGCAGCUUCUUUGAUCGGUCACAAAAGGAAGAUGAGAAGAAUGCAGGUGAGCAAGCCGCAUGGGAGAACGCGCGCGUGCCUGUUGUUGAGACAAUAACUCGCUGUCAGAUUUGCGGCGAGAACUUUUCGAAAAGCUGGGAUGAAGAAGAGGAGGACUGGAUGUAUACUAACGCGGUUGCGGGCACGAUCCAUGACGCUGGUCCAGAUGGUAACGAACAGCAGGACACAAUCUUCCACAAAUACUGCUACGACACAGUGAUGGCGAAUUCGAAGCAUGUCACCCCCGCACAUUUGAUCCCCGCCGAAAGAGCUGUUGCACUCGAGGGGGCGAAACCAGGUGAUAGUACGAACGACAUCAGUAGCGGCGUAAAGCGGUUACUGGAAGAGGACGACAGUGAUAGUGACGGUGAUGAUGAUGUGAAGCGGGUGAAAACUGACGAUCAACUGCUUUAG